AUGAAGCGUUCGGUCCCACCCGAGGAGCCUCCGUGCCCUCCCUCCUGCUCUCACUCACUCCCGGAUCGAGACCGGCUCCGUGUCAGCCGCCGCCCGGUACCGCCACUCCCCGCGCCCAACUGCCCGGGCCGGACCCUCCCGGCAGCCGCCGCCCCGCGGGCGGGGCGAGACCGGCGCCGGGGCCGCUGCGCUCCGUGGGCGGGGCGGGGAGGGCCGAGCACCUCCGCGGGAGCGGUCGCGGGGGAGUCGCUGGCAGUAGCAGGUGUCUCCCGCCCGCGAGCCCUGGCCAUCUCUGCAGGCUCCCGGCAUCCUACGCUGCGCCGAGGCGGCGGGCGCGGCGGCAGCUCCACCACCACCACCUGUGGCGGCGGGAUGGCGGAGCUCGACAUCAGCGCGGAGGCAGUGAUGGGCUUCCUGAGGGAGCGCGGCGGGCGGGUGUGCAACACCGAGCUGGUGAGCGCCUUCCGGCCGUUGCUGGAGGCCAGCGGGCCCGGUGCCGGUGCCGGGGAGGCAGAGGGGCGGGCGGCGCGGCGGGAGCGGUUCAAGGCGGCGGUGAACGCCGUGGCCACCGUGAAGGAGAUCGACGGCGUCAAGUUUGUGGUGCUGAAGCGGCAGCUGCGCGCUGCCCCGCCGGCGGGGGUCGAUGCCGGCGCCCCUGUCCCGAUUUCCUUCCCCGACUCGGACCCCGUCGGGACGUCCCCCGAGGAGCCGCCCGGGCCGCGGGCCGUGGCCGAGCUGCGGGGCCUGUUCCAGGGCGGCGGCGGCGCUGUGCCUCUGCCCGGCGGCGCGAGGGGAGCUCGGCGGGAGCCGCCGCCCAAGCCCUGCAUGCUCCCCGUCCGCUGGGUGCUACCUCCCGCUGCCCCAGGGCCGCCCGAGGAGGCAGUCACCCCGCUGUCCCCCCCACCGCCUGACGAGGAGACCGGGUCCCGCUCGCCCGGGCUGCGGAGGGGGCCCAAGAACCACCGGGCCAGCGAGGAGACGGUGGUGCCCCUGGAGCAGGCGGAGCACCAGUGGCUGGUGCUGGCGGCCGACGGGCAGUGGACACAGCAGCUCCACGGGCUGCUUCUGGGCGACGCCAGCCUGGCGGCUCGCAGGGACUUUAUCUCCGGCUUCACCGCCCUGCACUGGGCCGCUAAGAGCGGCAACUGCGACAUGGUGACCAACAUCAUCCGAGCGGCCGAGAAGGGCGGGUCCCGUGUCAAUGUGGAUGCCAGGUCGCAUGGUGGCUACACGGCACUGCACCUGGCUGCCAUACACGGCCAGGAGAAGAUCAUCACCAUGCUCGUCUACAGCUACCAUGCCAAGAUUGACCUGAGGGACUACAGCGGGAAGAAGCCACACCAGUACUUAAAGGAAGGGGCAUCCCUUACAAUUAGGCGCUUGCUGGGGGACCCUAGCCUUUCCCAAAACAUGGAGCACUCCAUGCCCAUCAAGAAGUCCACAAAGCUUGCGGCUUCAAUCUUGAGCUCCACUAGCACUUUUCUGGGGGUCAUAUCUGAUGACAUGGCUUUCUACGAUCUCACCAAAGGUUUAAGGAAGCCUUCCACUUUAAACAAGCUUCUAGCUGCCACUACGGGCCCAAGGAGGAAGCCAAAGACCAGAGGGGGCUUCCCUUCAUAUUCCUCACUCUCUGAGGUAACGGAGGAGGAGGAAGAGGUUGUCGUGAAACGCAGACCCGUUUCUGAGCUGUUCUUUGGCCACUAGCCUCCGCCUUACUGUGAUCAAAAUGGUUUAAUAGCACAGCUGGUGUCUCAGCUUUCUCUUGCAGAAGCAGUUUGGAUUUUUUCUCUCCGCGUCUGUCUUUUUGGAUGUUUAACUGAAUCAGUGAUAGGGUCUACAUCCAAAGUCCACAGCAUGAAGCCUGGCUCCAUAUGCCUGUGGAAAGGGAGCUGCCAAGAAGUGCUAUCCAUGCUGUAUAUACCAUUGUGCUGAUGUAUUGGUGGAGACCACAAACUUUAUACUUACUGGUUGAAAAACUGAAACAACUUAUGUGUGUGUAGACAGGUGAAAAUGCCUGAGGUACAGCCUUCUUGAUCUGUGUUCCUCGGCUGGAGAGCAGAAACAAGGUGAAGGAUUGCAUAUUUUACACUGUGAACAGCAAGCUGGUAGCUGGCUAUUUUAACAAGGCCUGUUAUCUAGCAGGAUUAAAUUAUCGGAGGAAAGAUGCAUAGUUUUCUAUAAUGUUUCUGAUUAUUUUGGUAGCAGAAGAAGGAUAUUUCUAUUUACAAAAAUUGCAUACUUUUUCAAAACAAAGUUUCUCACUAUCAGAAAUACUAACAUAACAAUCUCAAUUGUUGUCUGAUGCAUUUUAUUAGAUGAAUUACUUAAAAGGAUAGACCCUGACCUUCAGCACUCGAGUCACCGUGACUUGUCUACCUCAGUUUGAAAGCUGGCUAGUGAUUUAAGUUUUUCUCUCUUCCUGAAAGACUUUUUGACCAGGUGGUACUUAACCACAUGUCUUGAUGAUACUGUGAACAUUUAAACUUUACUGUAGUUCAGUCAACUUAAUCUGAAUAAAAACCUUCUUGAUAUUUGAUAGUGAAAAACUGAGCUGAAAAACUGGGAAUUGGAUCCGUCAGAGUUUCUGAGUAGCCUACUGGAAACAAAGUUAGGCUUGUAUGUCUGAUUAUUUUUGUUUAAAACUUGGCCUUUCAUUUUGACCUAUUUAAAAUAAAUAUCUAUAAACAUUGGGCUUUAUGUAAUGUUAGGUGUUUCGUGACAGAACCUCUGCAUGACCUCUUGAAAAGCAGUGUUUAUUUCAACAGUGUGAAUCAUUGACCUAAAACUAACUCUUCUUCUUCUUUUAUAUGAUAAACAUAAUUGUUCUAUAUAUAGAACUACACGUAGCUCAAAAAGCAUGGUAACUGCAGGUUAAAUAAUUUAUUUGCAGUAAGAUUAUUAUUUUUUUAAUUACUGCUUGGUUAAAGUUAAUGCAAAGAGGCAGAGCUAUGAACAGAAACUGUCCAACUUCUGGGGCAAGUCUGCUAAACCAGCAUGUUUUCUCUAAAACUGUGACUAGAAACCUGUAUCAUUGAGAGGUGCUGAAGGUGAGAGCAGUCCUGCAGUGGCUCUGUUUGGGUUUCUGCACUGAAACACUUGUUUGCAUGCUUUGCCUUUCCUUCCAAGUCAGUGGCUUCAGGAAUGUUUUCAGUUUUUCCGCCUUGCAUUAAACCUAGUACUUGUAAUUGGUUCUAAUUGACUUGUCCCAAACACUCACAAGGAAUGCUGUAGGACUGAAGAUGGAGGCACUGCCCUCUUUACUUCAAAACACUCUCCCUGAAGUUCCUGGAGUUGGUGACAUUCGUCGGGAGUGUAAUCAGAGGUUGCAGCCAGGUCAGAUCCAGUUCUAGGAAGAGACUGGAUUAUUCUGGAUGGGUCUGCUUCUGUAUUUAACUAAUUAAGUUGUUAAGCAAAGGUUAAUGAUCAAGCACCUCAUGAUUUCUGUAUCUGGAGUAGGGUUUAAAAAAAUAAAGUCCAGUUUGCUCUCUA